AUGGCUGAAGACUGUGGCCGUGAGAAGUUCUUCGGCGUUAUCACCAGCGUCUCCUCGCCCGAUCCUCCUCGAGUUGGGUCUCCUCACCGGCGUUUCCAGUCGGCAGGAGCUGAAUUUACAACCAGCACUAACAUAGACAUCAAAUCGUGUCCCUUUGUCUUCUUUGGAAAAGUUUACCAGAACUUGUAUGUCGACACUGCCGACAACAAAGUCUCAGUUUGUUUCAAAGGCCCACGCAGCACAAGUAACAACGACUGUGUUCUGGUGGAUAAAAGUGGAGGAAUCAACAAGGGUGAAUGGGUCACUAGAACCAGACUGUAUGAACCAGGAUCAGAUGCUCAUAAGGAUCUGCCACAGCUCACAGGGAAAGCAACAUGCUACACAUUCAUUAGACUCUUCAAGGACAAUUCUGAAUAUCUUCGGUUUGCCUUUUACAAAUUUGGUGACCAAGGAGUUGUUCGUUAUGCUAUGUAUCGACCCUAUCCAUUCACUGCUUUGGACGUUGAUGUUCAGGUCGAUGGUAAGAAAGUGGAUACGUGGAAGACUCAGAUCCUCGGGGAUCCUCUGGGAUCCUCUGGGAUCCUCUGGGAUCCUCGGAGAUCCUCGGGGAUCCUCUGGGAUCCUCUGGGAUCCUCGGGGAUCCUCGGGGAUCCUCGGGGAUCCUCGGAGAUCCUCUGGGAUCCUCGGGGAUCCUCUGGGAUCCUCGGGGAUCCUCUGGGAUCCUCGGGGAUCCUCGGGGAUCCUCUGGGAUCCUCGGGGAUCCUCUGGGAUCCUCGGGGAUCCUCUGGGAUCCUCGGGGAUCCUCGGGGGCCCUCGGAGAUCCUCGGGGGUGCUCUUCUUCUACCAAAUAAGGGAUUAUGUGAGUCAGGCUCCUCUGUAACGUGCAGCGCCUCAGCAGAGCUCAAAUCAGGUCCUUGUGGCUCCGGGGAGAAAUGCGAGGGCGAGGGCCAGUGUGUGAAGCCGUCCCCGAAAGAUGCCGUGUGCACGGUGACCGGCUCCACUGUCAUCGAUGUCGACGGUAAUGCUGCCUCCGUCCCGGAUCGCUGUGCGUACACUCUGCUGUCAGAAUCAGGCAUCAAGCUGCAGGCCGUCUUCCAGGACCGCCGUCGUAAAGAUAUUAGUUUUUUGGAUCAUGUGAUCCUGCAUCUGGAUAAAGAUGUUAACAUUCACCUGGGACAAGGUGGGAGGGUUACGCUGAAGGACAAAGAGCUGAGCCUCAGCAGCACACCUGUGAAGCAUCACGAUGUGGAGCUCACUAAGGACCAAACUGGGGUCACCGCCAAGCUGUUGAAGUCCAAAUACGGCACCUCUGUCUUCUUUGAUGGCUACACCGCACAGAUCCACAUGAAAGUACCAAGUGGAACCACCAUACAGGGUCUAUGUGGCAAGUCCAGUCAGACUCUGAGUGGAGUGAAGGUCUCUGAGUUAAGCUCUGACAGCUGUGAUAAAGUGCACAAGGACGCUGUUGACAGUACGAUUGACUGCAAGGAAAUAACUAAACGCUGUGAACUCCUGAAGACGGCUCCCUUCGACUCCUGCCACAGCUCCAUCAAGCCUGAUCCCUACAUCAAAGCCUGCACCGACACUCUGUGCAAAUACCCGGCGGUGGACGGUCUCAAGUGCCAGUUCCUGGAGGCCUACGCCAAAGCCUGCAGCCUGGUCGGCAAGACAGUCAAGGACUGGGGGACACCGACCAGCUGCUCCUCUGCCAAGGCCUUCUGUCAGGACAAGUUCUGCAGUGCUCAUGAGUUCUGUGCUGAGGAUACCAGUGGUGGAACCAGCUGCCUCUGUCGGCCCAUUUUUGCCUCCAAAUACAGAACGGCAAAAACUUUUGGCGAGCCGACCGUCUGCGAUAAAAACUCUGCUUCAGUCAGUCUGGCUGGUUGUCUCAUGGAGGAAAAGAACAUCGACUACUCUGUCUUACACCUCAACGACAAGACAUGCAAAGGUCAGCGGGACGAAAAGACCCACAUGGUGACAUUCAGCUUCAACAGCGACACCUGUGGGACAGUGCUCACGGCCGAGAACAAACAACUUAAGUUCAAGAACGCCAUCCUUGCUCAGGACAGCUCUAGCUCCAAGAUCACUCGCCAUGAUGAAGUGAAAAUCGACUUCUCCUGCUUCUACAACCAGCCGGACGUCGAAACCAUGUCCUUCAAAAUCAAAGACAGCUCUGUGACCCAGGAGAUUGUAUCUGGACCUUGGGAAUACACUCUGACCAUGAAGGCCUACACUGACGCCAGCCGUACACAAGCUGUGUCAUCCAGCACUGAAAUCCUGCUGGAGCAGACCGUCUGGGUGGAGCUGAAGACGGUUGGGCUGGAUGACAAACUGGUCUCCGUGGUGACCGACUCCUGCUGGGCGACCAACGAGAAAUCAUCCACUGCGAAGCUGAAAUACGACCUGAUCGUGAAAGGCUGUCCCAGCUCUGCUGACAAGACGGUGAAAGUGGAGGGCAACGGACUGGGAACGUCCAACUACUUCUCCUUCAACAUGUUCCAGUUCUCUGGGAAGGAUGGUGACGUCUACCUGCACUGCAAACUCAACCUGUGUGUGAAGAAGGGCAACACCUGCACCCCGAGCUCCUGUGGCGGUAAGAGAAGACGCAGAUCUGCCAGGAAUAGAUAUGUGGAUGUAAACCCAGCCUUCAUCACCAUGGCCUGGAGUAAUUAG